CGUCGGACUUCCGCGCUGUUUUGUUUGCGACGCUGUCGUGUAACGGUGCGCUUUACGGCCGCCGCGGGGGGAAAGCAGCAAGCCGGUGCCAGGGCCUUUCGGCCGGGAAGCAGGGCAGGCGGGCCAAGUGGAUGCCCGGCGGCGGGGCGAGCACGGCGUCUGGCCGGCUUCUCUCCGCAGCGGAUCAAAGAGGAGCGCGGGAGGCGGCGGCGGCGGCGGCGGCGGCGGCGGCGGCAGCGUUCCGAGGCGGAGCAGGUGGUCCCGGGCCGGGGAGUGGAGGCCCCGGGGGCCCCGCGGGCAGGAUGAGCCUGACCCCGAAGGAACUCUCAAGCCUGCUUAGCAUCAUCUCCGAGGAGGCGGGCGGCGGCAGCACUUUCGAGGGCUUGUCCACCGCCUUCCACCACUACUUCAACAAGGCCGACCACUUCCGCCUGGGCUCGGUGCUGGUGAUGCUGCUGCAGCAGCCGGACCUGCUGCCCAGCGCGGCGCAGCGUCUCACGGCGCUCUACCUGCUGUGGGAGAUGUACCGCACCGAGCCGCUCGCCGCCAACCCGUUUGCGGCCAGCUUCGCGCACCUGCUCAACCCCGCGCCGCCCGCCCGCGGCGGACAGGAGCCCGACCGGCCCCCGCUCUCAGGGUUUUUGCCUCCUAUAACUCCACCAGAAAAGUUUUUUCUUUCCCAGCUGAUGCUGGCACCCCCAAGGGAGCUCUUCAAAAAGACACCUCGCCAGAUCGCGUUGAUGGAUGUUGGAAACAUGGGACAGUCUGUGGACAUCAGCGGCCUUCAGUUGGCCUUGGCGGAACGUCAGUCUGAACUGCCAACCCAGAGUAAAGCUAGCUUCCCAAGUAUCCUUAGUGACCCAGACCCGGAUUCCUCUAACUCUGGAUUUGACAGCUCUGUUGCAUCUCGGAUCACAGAGUCUUUAGUCAGUGGACCAAAGCCACCUAUUGAAAGUCACUUCCGGCCAGAGUUUAUCCGCCCACCACCACCUCUCCACAUUUGUGAGGAUGAACUGGCCUGGCUAAAUCCUACAGAACCCGAGCAUGCCAUUCAGUGGGAUAAAUCAAUGUGUGUUAAGAAUAGCACUGGUGUGGAGAUCAAGCGGAUCAUGGCCAAAGCCUUCAAAAGCCCUUUAUCUUCUCCCCAACAAACACAGCUCCUUGGUGAGCUGGAAAAAGAUCCCAAACUUGUUUAUCACAUUGGCCUUACUCCAGCGAAACUUCCAGACCUAGUGGAGAACAACCCUUUAGUCGCUAUAGAAAUGCUGUUGAAACUCAUGCAGUCAAGCCAGAUCACGGAGUACUUCUCUGUCCUGGUCAAUAUGGACAUGUCAUUACAUUCGAUGGAAGUUGUAAAUCGACUAACUACAGCUGUUGAUCUACCUCCUGAAUUUAUUCACCUUUACAUAUCCAAUUGCAUCUCUACUUGUGAACAAAUUAAGGAUAAAUAUAUGCAGUGUGGGAAGUUGACCACAGGCAGGAAGCUUCCACCCUGGCAUUACUGAGGUCAGACAGUGAUUCGCUUCAGGAGGUUUUGUCAUCGUGUGCCCACACAGAGAGCAAACUGUUGAUGGAGACACUGCAAUUCGGCCUUUUAUUGUCAUCAUUCCUCAGCAGCCAUUGGAAAGAAAGGUUCAAGACCCCAAUCAGUUCAGCAAUGUGAGAAACAAUUACCUGCCAAGUGAGAACAUGUGGUCCCAACUCUGGUUUUCUGCUGAGAGUCGAAAUACCAAUCAACACUGUACAGUGAAAAGCCAGGAGAGAGCAGGAACACAGCAAACAAUGUUCUGUGUCAUGGACACUGCCUCUUUCAACCACAGCCUCCAAUCUUCAAAACACUCUUCAGAGUCAGAAGUGGUCCACAUGCUUGUAAUCUCACCACUGGGAAAGCUGAGGCAGAAGGAUGGUGAAUGCAAACUCAGAUUGGAUUAAACAAUGAGACCCUGCCUUAAAAAAUGCUUCAGUAAUGGUUAAAUGAUUAAAAACAAUUUACCUUGCUCUAUCACAAUAUCCUUUGUAAAAGCCAGCUUCAUCCGCUGUUAGAAUGAUUACAGCAUUUUCCCUGGCAUGUCUUAAAAGACAGCACUAAUCUAUGUGAUAAAGAAUUCAUAUUUUGGGGCUGGAGAGAUGGCUCAGAGGUUAAGAGCACUGACUGCUCUUCCAGAGGUCCUGAGUUCAAUUCCCAGCAACCACAUGGUGGCUCAAAACCAUCUGUAAUGAGAUCUGGUGCCCUCUUCUGACCUGCAGUCAUACAUGCUGUAUACAUAAUAAAUCUUUUAAAAAAAAAAAAUUCGUAUUUCCUGUCUGCACUGACCACACAGAGAGAGAGGUUCAGUGAGAACUUGUAAAACCAACUUUGAGACUCUUAAUAAGUGCUCAAAAUAAGAGGUUUUUCUACUUCAACAGCUCAUAUUAAUCUGGUUGUACAUUUCUUUCAGUAAAAUUCACCACAUAUUUUACUGAGUAGCUAGAAUCGAACUGUAAAAAAAGCUUUCAUGUCUUAGAUAUGGCCUUAAGAAUAAAUUUAGCCUUUAAAAUUCUA